AUGGGCUCCUCGGUGCUGCAGACGUACGUGGUGUGCACGAGCGUGUUGUACCUCAAGUUCCUGCGCGUGACCAUGAUCCAAGCCAAGAAGACGUUCGAGGCCGGCGGCCGCGCGCCCGAGGACAAGAGCCUGCCGCUGGCCAGGGGCCACCCCAAGCAGACCUACGGCAUGGACCCCGAGGCCGAGAAGGACGAGAAGAUCCUCAAGGCCCGCGAGGUGGAGCACCGCUGGCGCCGCAUCGUGCAGAACGACCUGGAGUCCAUCCCGCUGGCUCUGGUGGUGUUCGGCAUUGGCGUGGCCAUCGAGGACCGCAUCAACCCGACGGUGCAGAUCGGAGCCAUGGCGACGUACACGGCGCUGCGCUGCUUCCACACGAUCGCGUACGCCAACAAGCUGCAGCCGCACCGAGCUUGGUGCUGGCGUCUGGGCGUCGUGGCCAUCGUGGUGGGCGCCGUCAACGCCGUCGUGGGCGUGUACGCGUAG